GCGUAAGCUUCCCAAGUGGAGGCAUUGGUGGAGGUGGAGGAGGAGGACAUGGUGGAUUCAGCAGUGGAGGCAGCGGAGGUGGAUUCUCAAGUGGAGGAAGCGGAGGUGGAUUCUCAAGUGGAGGAGGUGGAGGCGGAGGAGGAUACGGGGGAUCCAGUGGAGGAGGCUCCUCUGGCGGUGGAAGUGGCGGCAUCUCCAUCGCAGGCGUAAGCUUCCCAAGUGGAGGCAUUGGUGGAGGUGGAGGAGGACAUGGUGGAUCCAGCAGUGGAGGCAGCGGAGGUGGAUUCUCAAGUGGAGGAAGCGGAGGUGGAUUCUCAAGUGGAGGAGGUGGAGGCGGAGGCGGAGGAGGAUACGGGGGAUCCAGUGGAGGAGGCUCCUCUGGCGGUGGAAGUGGCGGCAUCUCCAUCGCAGGCGUAAGCUUCCCAAGUGGAGGCAUUGGUGGAGGUGGAGGAGGACUUGGUGGAUUCAGCAGCGGAGGCAGCGGAGGUGGAGGCUGCUGUGGCGGGAGCGGCGGCCACGACUAUCCCUUGCAGCGGCCGCAGCGGUGGUCACCAUCUCCAGGGGAAAGCCAUCACCAGCAGACUUCAGCCCUCGGUAGUGAAGAUACUCCAGUCGAUGAGCGCAUAAUAGCAUUGAGGCUGAAGCUUGCAUUCGGAUCCAUGUCUGUUAUUCUGUUUUUGUCUCUUGGUACCAGCAAAAUGACCCGCAUCACUGGCUAUAGUACAGCGAUGCGGGCAAUGUGGCCGAGGAGAUCGACCACAUCCUUGUUAGCACUCGCUGGAGGGUCCUCCAGAACUCCAGGGUCUACAGGAAUGUCUAAUUUUGUGAUACUGACCAUAGAUUGGUUGUGGCUACCCUCCGAAUCCGCUUAA